GGCGUCUUCUCCCCAGUUUAUGCCUCACCUCAAGGACCGGCCCAGGAUCCCAUUCUCGUCCAGCUCUCAAUAGCAGCUUCCAGCACAGUCAUGAUCAAGUACGUGUGGCAUGUGGCGGCCCUGAUGAUCGUCUUCUGCUGGCUCUCGAGUGCCCGCAGUGCCAGCUACCAGCAUCAGACCCUGAACAGCAUCAACUCGGGCCCCAAGCCUCAGGUGCCGACCAACAGCCCCGGAACGGCUUCUACGGGCUUCUGGAAGGACAUGUCGAUGGUGUACCGCAUAUACCAGCAGUGCACGGGCGACAACAUGUCCGUUUGCCUCAAGGUCAAGCUGCUCACCGGCUUGGAAAAGGCCUUCCGAUCGGCCAAAACCCUGUCGCUCAUGGAGGGCAUCCAGUUCGUGAGCUCUGGCGGCGACGGUGAGGAGCCGAAAAGGGCUCCUAUCAACGAACAGGACAUUGAAGCCGUCCUGCCAAGGAGCGCGGACGCCAAGGAGCAGGUCCUCAACAACAUGAUCCUCAAGCGGGUGGGCAACUUUCUACAGGAUCAUACUCUGCAGGUUAAAUUUGACUCAGAGGCAAAUUCGGCGGAGGGUCGCAAGAAGAAGGAGAAGAAGGGCAGCGGCGCCAUGAUCAUGAUCCCCCUGCUGCUGGGCGGGACCAUUGUGCCCCUGGCCUACGGAGCACUGGCCAUGCUGGCUGGCAAGGCGCUGAUCGUGUCCAAACUGGCCCUGGUCCUGGCCUCGAUCAUCGGCAUCAAGAAGCUGCUGAGCGGAGGCGGCGGCGGCAAGGAGUCUUCCCACGAGGUGGUCGUCUCCUCCGGCGGCCACUCCGGCUGGGGCCGGGAACUGGACACCGCCUACAGCGGCUGGAAGCCGGCGGCCAAGGAUUCGGCGGGCAGCGCCAAGAGCCUGUGAGCUCGCAUUUGCAUUUGGGAACCGGAGAUGGAGAUGAAGAUGGAGAUGGAGAAGCUCGGGAUAGGCGAUCCUCGAGAAGAAGAAGAGUGAACCAAAGAAUCGAGCGCCGCACGAACUGUCUGACUAAUGUCUAGUUUAA